AUGAACACAGUCGAGCCCAUGAACACUGUCAAGAACGCCAUGUCCAAGACUCUCUCCCACGCCAAGAUCACGCCGCACCGGUCCGCUACCCGCGGCCACGGCGACCAUGGCUGGCUCAACACCUACCACUCCUUCUCCUUUGCCGACUGGUACAACCCGAAGUUCUCUCAUUUCGGCUCCCUCCGCGUCCUCAAUGAGGACCGCGUAAAGGCCAACUCGGGCUUCCCCACGCACCCGCACCGCGACUUUGAGAUCUUCAGCUACAUCCUGUCCGGCGAGCUCACCCACCGCGACAGCAUGCUCCAGAAGGGUGCCGAGGGCGGCCAGUCGGACAAGUUCUUCCGCAUGCACCGUGGCGACGUCCAGUUCACCACCGGCGGCACCGGCAUCGCCCACUCCGAGUUCAACGAGCACGCCAAGGACACGGUCCACUUCCUCCAGAUCUGGGCCAUCCCCUGGAAGCGCGGCCUCACCCCGCGCUACCACACCCGCCACUUUGACGAGGACGCAAAGCGCAAGGCCUUUGUUCCCAUCCUCAGCCCCCUCAAGGGCGGCGUCGACGCCACGGCCGAGCAGGAGAAGGCCGCCGAGCCCACCAUCCCCGAGACCAUCCCCAUCCACGCCGACUUCGUCAUGGCCGCCGGCAUCGUCCCCGCCGGCGAGAAGUUUGUGUGGACCGUCGGUGCCAACGCCACCGAGAACAACAAGCGCAAGGUCUUUAUCCACGUGCCCAUGACCAAGAAGGGCAAGACCCAGGUCCGCAUCGACGGCCGCGACGAGGUCUACAGCGAGGGAGACGGUGCGUUCAUCGAUGGCGUUCACGCCGGAGACAAGCUCUCCGUCGAGAGCGUCGGCGAGGUCGAGGCCGAGGUUAUCGUGCUGGACACUGCUUAA